CUUCCUUCAAACAAAAAAGAGUAAGCGCGCAUUCCAAGAUGGCAACAGCGACACCAGCGGGAACUGGCUCGGUGUUUUUACUGAUGUUGAGUGGUCAAAUAGAAACCGCUGAGUUCCCAGAAUUUGAUGACAUAUUUUGUAAAUACAGCUUUGUUUAUGGCCAGGACUGGGUUAUAACAUCAGGCUUGGAGGAGGGCAUGACACAAUUUACCAAAAAGAGUCGUGACGAACGUCAGGUGUUUGUGUGGAACUUUCCACUAGACGUGACAUUUAAGAGCACUAAUCCUUAUGGCUGGCCGCAGCUUGUGCUCAGUGUUUAUGGGUUUGACCUAUUCAGUAGAGAUGUGGUGCGUGGCUAUGGUGCAUGCCACAUACCCUUCACCCCAGGAAGACACAAACAGAGAAUCGGAAUGUUUGUUCCUGAAUCAACAUCAAAACUUCAGAAACUGACAGCCUGGAUAACAGGGCGCCGUCCAGAGUAUGUAGACCCCAGGGUUUUAGCACAGGGAGAAGGUAGAGAAGUAACGAGAGUUCGUUCCCAGGGCUAUGUGACUGUGUCGUUCAGUGUGGUGAUGAAGGACAUGAAAAAGCUAGGUUAUGACGUGACUCCAUCAGAUGUGGUGAACCCUACAUUACCAGACACAGGAGGGAUGGGAGACACUAUCUCACCACAAUCAUGAUGUUUAGGAAAGCAGGAUUACACAUGUUAUUAUGAACAGUGUUAUUACAGCAUCUUCAAGCUAAUGUCACAUGCCCAGUGGCUGCAGCUUAGUAUUGUUAAAUCAACUGCAGUGCUUUUAAUUACUAAAACAAAAGCCACAUUGAGCUAUACAGAUACAUGUACCAGUGUCGAGUGCAUUCCCAGUUUCUCUAAGGAUGCGUUACAACAUUGACCUGGAGAUCGUUGAUGGACACCAUGUGCUGUCUGCAUUUAGAAUCUCUAAAGAUCAAAAAGACAUACCCAUUGCUGAACAUGAGCAAGCAAGCACAGGGUGGCCUAAGAAAUAAUAUUUACCGUAGCAUAGACCCACUUGGCCAUGGUCUCCUUCAGCUCACAAUUUCAGUCUAUGACUACUUUCAGUGUAUUGUCUUACAGAUAAAAGGGGAGUAGGAAAGAAAAAAAAACAUAUCCUGUGAGCAUUUGUCCAAAGAGCUCUUGGAGACAAAUUUCCGUCUUCCCCUCCUAGGCAUAUUCCUGCAUGGCUUCUUGAUUGUUAAGAAGCAUGUUUGAGAUGAUUAUUGGGGUAAUGCAAAGGAAGUUAUAAUGUAGGUUUUUUAUGAGGCUAGAUUAUGUUUCAAGACGGCUGUAAAAUUUUGUAAAUAAGUACAAAAAAGGAAGACAAUAGACUAGACUGCAAGACUCAUUGGCAGCAGAAUGGAGAUGAAGUUGCCAGAGCAGUUCAAAAUCCUAUAUGUUUCAUUGCCAUCAAAUGUUUGUUUUGCAUUUCGUGUCCUUUUAAUGAAUUCUAUGAAUAUUUAAAUGUUUAUAAAUGCUUAAUUCAAGGUCUAUUACAUUUUUCAUUUUAAGUUAUUUUCAUUAGU